CACCUCUGUGAAUAUAUCUUUAAGAAAGGGCAGAAAGCACUACAGAGAGAGAAGUUGGGAACAAAGAGUAAGAAAACAGAGGCAACACCAAAAUCAGAGAAGGAGGGGGAGUUGCUUGCUCCAUGGCACUGGAGCAGAUAUUCCCUGCGGUUUGUGGAUAACCCAUGCCAGAACAGAUGGAUAUUCCUGAAGGAACUGCUGCCUGUGGAGAACUCAUACCAGAGUAGAGGAAAAGCAUGAGGAAGAAGGAAUAGCAGAGAGAAACCAUUACUGGUUGUAACUCCCCACUCUGUUUCCCAUGUGCCGCUCAGGAGGGUAGAAGAGUCUGGAGUGAAGGAGUGAAGUUAGACAAAGGAAAGGGGGAUGAGGAAAGGUGUUGUUUUAAUGUUUGUCUUUUUGUUUCCCACUACCUGACUUAGUAAUUACAAUUUUAUUUUUGUUGGCUAUAAAGUUAAUUUUCCACAAGUUGAGUCUGUUUUGCCUGCAGUAGUAAUUGGUAAGCAAUCUCCUUGUCUUUAUUCAAACCACAAGCUUUCUUGUUCCCAUUCUUCCUAUUUCCCCACCCGUCCUGUUGAGGAAGGGGAAUGAAUGAGCAGCUGUGUGGAAGGUUGGCUGUUAGUCAAGACUAACCCACCACAUUUGAUACCAAAGAUGAUGACUAGAAAGAUUAAGCUUUGGGACAUUAAUGCCCACAUAACAUGUCAUUUGUGCAAUGGAUACCUGAUUGAUGCCACCACUGUAACAGAAUGCUUACAUACUUUCUGUAGAAGCUGCUUGGUGAAGUAUUUGGAGGAAAACAACACCUGUCCAACAUGUAGGAUAGUUAUACACCAGAGCCAUCCAUUACAGUAUAUCGGUCAUGAUAGAACAAUGCAAGAUAUUGUUUACAAACUUGUGCCAGGCCUCCAAGAAGCGGAAAUGAAAAAGCAGAAGGAAUUCUAUCACAAACUGGGUAUGGAAGUACCAGGGGACAUCAAAGGGGAGACAUGCUCUUCAAAGCAACAUCUAGAUUCAUAUCGCAGUGGUGAAACUAAAACAGAUGAAAAUUCAAACAAAGAAACUUCUGAAGAAAAAGAAGAUAAUGACUAUCAUCGAAGUGAUGAACAGGUGAGCAUCUGCUUGGAAUGCAAUAGCAGCAAAUUACGUGGAUUGAAACGAAAAUGGAUCCGCUGCUCAGCACAAGCAACGGUCUUGCAUAUAAAGAAGUUCAUUGCUAAAAAACUUAACCUUUCUUCUUUUAAUGAGCUGGAUAUAUUAUGCAAUGAAGAGAUUCUUGGCAAGGACCACACACUCAAGUUUGUAGUUGUUACUAGAUGGAGGUUUAAGAAAGCACCUCUACUUCUACAUUACAGACCCAAAAUGGAAUUGCUGUAAGAGAUCUUUAUUGUCCUUCUGGACAGGUGUUUUUUUUUUUUUUUUUUUUUAGAGACUAUCAUCUGACACCUUAGUGCAGCAUUUAACUCUUAUGUGAUGUGAACCAACAGAAUCAUUUUGGAAGUCUGUAGUGCUUUUAUAGCAGACUGUCCUUCUGAAUAUUUCUAGUGAUUUGCUGCAUGGAUUUUUGGACAAAUAUAUAUAUAUAUUUUUGUACAAAAUGAAAUAAUUCACAACUCAACAGUACUCUACCAGCACUGAAUUUACAGGUAGUGAACACUUCACAGUUCCAUGGAGCUCAGCCUGAUUCAUCUAUUUGUAGCCAUACAAAAAUAAGUUAGAAUGUCGUGGGAAUGAUUUAAAAUGUUGCUUUUAACAAAAAAUUACUACAUUUGCUUAUUUUUUUCUUGAAACUUUACAACUUAUUUCCGUAUAUCUUUCUGAGUUUUUCUUGUUUUAUAUAAUAUGUCCAGUUUUGUCACCUUUAAUCAAGCCAUUCUAUAGAACAUUGAAUAUAGUGAAUCAUAGUGUAUCAUUGAAUUAAUGAUACAGUGACUGGUAAUAUUUAUUGUGCUGCAUUAUAAACUUCCAAAAAGCCUGGAGAUCCAAUUAGUUCAUUAGUUUUAUGCAAUGUUUGAUCUGUAUUUUGUAUUUCAGUAAUGUUUUAAUAUCCCCACAUUUAUGUGUUAUUUUGGGUUUAAUAGAAAUGAGUUCACUUGACUUUUUCUUUAAUCUUUUUUUUUUUUUAAAUAAGUCUUAAUAUUUUUGCCAUGGAAUACAUUAGGUCUGAUUGUAACAAAUGCUCAGAAGUACUGAACUUGUGAAAUUGUUUUAAAACAAAUAUGUCAUGUAAUCAGAGAUUGCAAAACUCAAAUUUUACUUUAGGGAGUAUUUGCUGUUUCAUAGCUGUAAAAACUAUGGUUGUUAGGCACCUUUUAUUGAUGCUGCAGAAGCUUCCAUUUCACUAGAUAAAAAUUCUUCAGUUAACUGCAAACCAGUUCUGUGUUUCUUUCUGUUUUCUAUAUGAAACCAUAACUAUUUUAAGCGCAACUUACAGUUAUCUUUGAGGUCAGAUUAGAUUACAGGGGUACCUUCUGACCUUAUCUGAUAAGUUUGAUUGUGUCAACCCCUGAGAGAUACAAUAUGUGUAUGGGUGUCUAUGUACAGAUGUGCAUGCACCUUAGAGAAUCUACCUUCAGUAGUACUUAGCAGAGUACUGAUUGCACAGCUUGAAAGGCUUUUUAAAAUAGUCAGCUUCAUAAAAUUGUGGUAGUAGUUGAAAGUGAUUUCUGCAAGCUUUAUGCUGCAUAGGAUUAUAUAUAGCAUGGGUGUGUGUGUUUGACAUGGGGUCUUAAGUCACUGAAAAGAAGAUAAGUAGUAUUAUUGGCAGCUGGUGGCUGCCAGUAGUUUUUAACUCUUGGAUGAGUUUUCCUGUCAGCUGAAAAUGGCAGUUAUAUCAAACACUUUAUUCUUUCAUAAAAUGUCAGUGACUCAGAAAAUCAGUAUGCCAGUUAGCACUGUCCUGUUUCUUCCAAAUGUGUUCUCCUACUUUGCAAGAAAGCAUUGCUUAAUGUUACUUGAUAAUGGGAGGUUGAUCCCACAAGAGGCUUAUUCAAGUAUUCUAAAUCCUAUUGUCUCUUCUUGAAUUUUUCAAACAUGUUGUUCUGUGCAUCUCCCAUGCUUUUCUUAAUUGGGCUUUUUAGUUCGUUCCUAGUUUUGCUGUUGCUAGAGUGAAGUGUUAAGUUUUCUUGUUUUUCUUUGGGAAUGGGACCCUUGUUUUCAUUUCAGUACCCAUAUGUGAAUGGUAAGGAAAUUGAAAGAAAUACAAAGAGGAAAAAAAAAAGUCUACUGAACUAUGGGGAUGGCCAAGAAAGACACAGUAAGGCCAGUGGAAACUGAAAGAGGUUAGCAGUUACAAACAUAAUUUCAGAAACCACUCAGCCAUUCAGUUCUAACUCUUGCUCUAACAGUCUAUAGUACAGAAUAUGUAACUACAUUUGGAAUCACUUGAAUUUGUUAUGGUGCUAUAUCAAUAUAUUUAAAUCUGUUUAUAUAGGUAUGCACCUGUAGCCAGUGUUAAUACUUAUAGCUGGUGAUUACUCAUAAUUCUAUCUGUGUUUAGUUUAAUCUGAUAAAACCUCAGCAAUGUUAAAAAAAAAAACAAAAAACAACCACACACACACACAAAAUCAAACAAACAAACAAACAAACAACCCACACCUCACAGCCCUAUUUUUUCUCAUCAUUUCACAAUAUAUUCAUUCCAAAAACUUAUUUCCCAUAGGGAGGAAUGGGAUGGUGUCUACACAAUUUGUUUGCUUUCUAGCUUUAUAGAAAGACUACACAACAGCUGUUAAUUAAAGUCAGAGGCAAGCCUUGGGGUCAAAAUUCAGUUUUAUUUAUUUGAAGCUUAAGAAACAGUUGGUUUAAUGUCAAAAUUAUAUUGGGUAAAAAAAAAUACUGACUUUUUAAACUUUAAAAUCUUAAAGUUGGGCUCAGUAUUUCUUGAAACUUGCUGAGGUCAUGAUUAAUUUAUUUUGAUCUUAAUGAAGAUAGCAUUAUUGUGAAGCAAUUUUUGCAUCCACUUAUGCUGGUAAAUAAUUGAGAUAAAAGGUAUCUCAUAACAUUAUCCUCAGCAGCAAUGAGACUGAAUUAUCCCAGGUUCAGAGCUUCUGUAGAUAUAGUUUUCAUUAAAAAUAGGUAAUUCACAGAAAUAUAUAUAAUAUUGUAUUUAAAUAAGAUUUGUGAACUUUAAGUUAACUUUAUAAAAAUUAUUCAUUAUAUUAAGCAUUCUGUUUUGUCAUCUGAGUAUUUUUGGUUUCAAAGGUCUGGCUUUAUUUGCAUAUAACAAAAAAGGUUUUACAGAUUCUUUUUAUAUGAAGUUUGAAUGCCUUUUAUUUGUAUGUCUUUGAGAUAUAUGGCUAAAGAGCAUUGAUUAUUCUUUUGUCCAGUGGGUCAGAAACAUGCAUUUAUAAGGUAUGUGUUUAAAUUGUAAAUUUAGCAUCUACUCCUAAAGUGAAAAGGAAUAUAGGAGGGAAUUUUCAUAUAUAUAUUCAGUGGGUUUUUGCUUUGGAUUUUCAUUUGUGGCUUUUGUCGUUUUUUUGUGUUUAAGAAUGAAGUUUGGAAUUUUAUGGGGUUGUAAAAUAUGUAAGUGCAAGAACUACCCAUCAGCAAUAUUUUAAAAUGAAUUAUCUAGCAAGAAUUGUGGAAGUAAUCUGCAAAAGAUGCAGCCUAUCUAAAACUGUAUUUUGCCAUAGCUAUGUUUGGUAUCUUUGUGUAUCAUCUAAACUGGGAAUAUGUAUUUUUAUUGGUUGUGCAAUAAUAUACACAGCACUUGUAACCUCUGAUAACAUGCAACUGCCAAAAUAAUACUACAACUAUGAUGGUACUAUUGUUUUUUCAAUAGACUAUGAAGCUUUGAAAGCUUUUCUGGCUCUAUUGUUAUAACAGUAUAAUUAGUCUUAAGAGAUUCACUUUUUGGUUGUUGUUCCUACUGGAUGGUAAAAGUGACUAUGCAGCUAGCCUAUUCUCCAAUUAUAUGAAUCUUAGUUAAGUAUAAUAGGAAAGAGCCAAAUAGUCUGUACAUCAACACAUUAAACUUAAUAAAUGUGUUUUCUUAGCAGUACUUAAGAAAUGUAUUUAGUACAUAAGGCUGAAUUGUAUAGAGAAAUCUAGUUUAUGUAUUUCCUAUGGUGAUUGAUUCAGUUUGGACAUUUCACCCGGAGAUAUUAAUACAAUUUAUGUUUUAGUUCUUCUGCCAGAAGGUAGUAGUUAAUAACAAGAAAAAAUGUCAUACGCAUUGGAAUCAUUGCAUAAGAUUCACUUAGAUACAACUGAGAGGUAUUGACUUCUGUCUCUUUUAAAGGUACAGAGAGAGCAUUACGGUGCAUAACAUUAGCAUAGAAAAAUAAUGUAAUGUCUGCUUUCCUCAAAAUUUGUAAUCAGGUACAGACACUCUUUGGGUACCUGCCUUUUAUGGAAAGCCAACAGUUAAAUUUCUACAACAUAGUUUGAUAUGCGUAUAUACAAAUCUAAAACUCCAUUUCUGCUCAUUGAGCCACUUGAGUGGAUCCUCAAGGCUUCUUGGAAACCUUCUGAAGCUGCCAUGACCUGCUAAAGUCAGAUUACAGAACAGAGGUUAAAAGUCCAAUUCUGCAAAUUCUAACACUGGUAACUUUAUUACUAACCUGGAUGAUUCCACUGAAGGCAGUGGAAUUGCUUAAAUGUGUGUCUGCAAGAUGGAGUCCCAAUUUUUGAAGGAUGGAUUGAUGUUUCUGUAACAUUUAACUUAAAGCAUUGGUUUAAUAGAGUUUUUAUCGAAGUAAUUUAAUUGGACAAAAAGAGUUUGUUCUUUCUGCAACAGUAUUAAAUUAAGGUUAAAUACAAUAAGCUAGUGCAAUCACUAAACCUUUAUCCUCAAUAUGUGGCAUAAUAGAAAUACUAAAACUAUCACAGUGUAAGACCAUAUUUUUUACUUGGUUUCACUUGAGAGUUUACUUUUUAUACUGUUUCCUCUGUGAUUUUUGUACUAUUGGUGUAUAGUUUUGGUCUGAAGAAGUCUUUUGGGAUUAUUGCUUAAUGUUUUGAUUUUAUGAUAGUGAUGCUUGUAUUCAGUGUUUUGCCAAAUAAUAUUAUAUGCUUGUUAAUAAAAGUAAAAAAGCUAAUUGAAAUCCUGCAA